GUUACAGAUAUCAUAAAAAUUUAUUCUCUUUCUUUAUUUUAAUACUUUUAUAACUAAUAAUGUGAAUUAAUAGAAUUUAUUAAAUCAUAUGUUAAAAUAGCAAUUAUAUAAACUCAUACAUUUAAAAUUUUACAUUUAAUCAAUUUAUAUAUAUGUGUGUGUAUUUAUAUAGCUAUCGAAGCGGAGCGGAUAUCCGGUUCUUAAAAUUUAGUAUUUGUGAUUUUUUCGUUUUUAACGGAUAUUGAUUUUUAAUAUUUGCUUUGCUCCAAAACUUUACAGAUAUCCAAAUUUUUCGGAUCGAAUCGAAGUAAAUAACAGAUCAAAUCAAAUUUAACGGAUAAAAUUUCAGUUCUAUCUUAUGGGUGUCAUCAAGCUUGCACACUAGGACAGGCUCAACAGCUCAUUACUAUAGACGUUGUGCCGCUUAUCGUUUUAGGAGAAAAAACGUGUGCUGUUUUAAAAGCAUAUAAACGGCAUAAACAAAACGAAACCCUUUAGGAACAAAGUUUCCGUAAAUACCCUCACACUCCUCCUAUUUCAACGGCCCUUCUCCCAAUUUUCCCGCGAGAAAUCCUCUCCUUCCAUAAUCAUCAAAAGAAGAAAAAAUGCAAACAAAAAAUUCAAGACGCAAGCAAAGUGCCCUAACCUCUCCUCCUUCCUCUCUCCACCAAUCGCUACCUCUCUCUCUUAACUGCGGAAUCCGAUUAACACCGGAAUCCGCCAUGGAAGAUGAAUAAGAUCCGCUCUCUCCGCUUCCUCCUCCCCGAGACCAUAACCUCCGCCGCGUCCAACCGAGGAUCUGUCGCCGUACGCUACGGCAGCCAAGUCCUUCCAUGGCGGCAUCAGAUCCUGGACCCGGACAGCAACAUCGUCACCUACUGGAACCACGUCUUCCUCGUCACCUCCAUCCUCGCCCUCUUCCUCGACCCUUUCUAUUUCUACGCGCCUUACGUCGGCGGCCCCGCGUGUCUCUCCGUCGACGUCGGACUCGCCGCGACGGUCACGUUCUUCCGCUCGGUGGCCGAUCUCUUCCACCUCUUGCACAUUUUCAUGAAGUUCAGAACGGCCUUCGUCGCGCGGAGCUCUAGAGUUUUUGGACGCGGUGAGCUCGUUAGGGAUCCGAGAGAGAUCGCUAUGAAGUACUUGAAGAGCGAUUUCAUCGUCGAUGUUGCCGCCAUGCUUCCUCUUCCUCAGCUUGUAAUUUGGCUAGUAAUUCCAGCCGCAACCAACGGGACUGCUAAUCAUGCCAAUAGCACUCUCGCCCUUAUCGUUCUCGUCCAGUACAUUCCAAGAUCAUUCAUCAUAUUCCCACUUAACCAAAGGAUUAUAAAAACAACCGGGUUCAUCGCCAAGACUGCUUGGGCAGGAGCUGCAUACAAUCUCCUCCUCUACAUCUUAGCUAGUCACGUGUUGGGAGCAAUGUGGUAUCUAUCAUCAAUUGGGCGGCAGUUCUCAUGCUGGUCCAAGGUAUGCGAGAAAGAUCACGCCCUGAGGGUUUUGGACUGUCUCCCUAGCUUCUUGGACUGCAAGAGUCUAGAACAACCUGAGCGUCAGUAUUGGCAGAAUGUUACUCAGGUUCUUUCUCAUUGUGACGCUACAAGCAGUACUACCAAUUUCAAGUUUGGCAUGUUUGCUGAAGCCUUUACCACUCAAGUUGCUACCACGGACUUCGUGUCCAAGUACUUAUAUUGUCUUUGGUGGGGUUUAAGAAAUCUAAGUUCUUAUGGCCAGAAUAUAACCACAAGUGUAUAUCUUGGCGAGACCUUGUUCUGUAUUACAAUAUGUAUUUUUGGGUUGAUUCUCUUCACGCUCCUGAUUGGUAACAUGCAAACAUCAUUACAAUCCAUGUCGGUAAGAGUAGAGGAAUGGAGAAUUAAGAGACGAGACACUGAAGAAUGGAUGAGACAUCGUCAACUACCUCCAGAGCUUCAAGAACGUGUCCGUAGAUUUGUCCAAUACAAGUGGCUUGCAACUAGAGGCGUGGAUGAAGAAUCAAUCCUCCAGUCUUUACCCACAGACUUACGCCGAGAGAUCCAACGCCACCUCUGUCUCGCUCUUGUCCGCAGGGUCCCCUUCUUCUCACAAAUGGACGAUCAACUUCUUGACGCUAUAUGCGGAUGCCUUGUCUCAUCUUUAAGCACGGCAGGGACCUACAUAUUCCGUGAAGGUGAUCCUGUUGAUGAGAUGCUCUUUGUGAUUAGAGGACAAAUAGAGAGCUCAACUACAAACGGAGGAAGAUCUGGUUUCUUUAACUCCACUACUCUAAGACCUGGUGAUUUCUGUGGAGAAGAGCUUCUUACAUGGGCCUUGAUGCCAAACUCUACACUCAACUUUCCGUCUUCAACCCGAAGCGUCCGUGCACUCUCUGAGGUUGAAGCAUUUGCCUUAAGCGCAGAGGAUCUUAAGUUUGUUGCUCAUCAGUUCAAACGUCUUCAAAGCAAAAAGUUGCAACACGCUUUCAGGUACUACUCACAUCAGUGGCGAGCAUGGGGAGCUUGUUUUGUGCAAUCCGCAUGGAGAAGAUACAAGCGACGAAAGCUCGCUAAAGAGCUCAGCUUGCACGAGAGUAGCGGAUACUAUUACAGAGAUGAAACAGGAUACAACGAAGAAGGCGACGAAGAAAACUACUAUGGAAGCGACGACGAUGAUUUUGAAGGUGAGAGACUGUCUGUGGACAACACAAACAACAGCCAAAACCUUGGAGCAACAAUGUUGGCGUCUAAGUUUGCAGCAAACACGAGAAGAGGCACAAAUCAAAAGGCUUCAAGUAGUACUAGUGCUGGUAAGAAAGAUGGAUCUUCGAACAGUUUGAAAAUGCCCCAACUAUUUAAACCUGAUGAGCCUGAUUUCUCUAUGGAUAAAGAAGACGUUUAAAAGUGUGACAUGUUUGAUUUUUAGAUGGUAAAUAGUGUUAGGAAAUAAAUAUUUGGGAUUUUAACUUCUAAUGUUUUCGUUUUU